CCCGUGGGAUCCGGCCCGUCCUGUCCCCACGGCGGCCGCUGCAGGGAGGAGGUCCCCAGCCAGCAGUGAAGCAUCCACCGCUGCUGUCCCGGGAGGGAGCGAGAGGACCGGGCGAGCCUGGCGCUGGUGGCGCCACCCCGCCUUGAGCCUUCAAAGCCAAGAGCCAGCUCCUGCCCCUGAGUCACAGCAACCCCAGGCGGCGCUACGGGCCUGGGGCAGAGGUCUGGCAAGCUGCCCGGCAGAAAAGGACGUGCGAGUGUUGGCUGACGGCCAGCGAACAGCAGCCAGCAGUGCCCAGGUGGCCUGGAAGGUCACCAGCAUCCUGGCCCGGGGAGGAGUAGCAUGGCCAGCAGGAGCAGGGAUGCGGGGGGAUGCGGCCGUGCCCCUGCACUCGGCGCUGGUGGGGCCGCACCUCGAACACCGUGGAGCUUCUUGCCACCAGGCAGAAAAAGGGAGCUACGAGGUGAAGGGGAAUGGAAACAGGUUCCUGGCUGGCAAGUCCCCUCCCGGCCUCCCUCACCUUCUCAGUUGCAGCAGGUAGAGGGCUGUGGAACUUGAGGACCAGGCAAAUGAUGGUGUAGAUGAAGGUCUAUCCAGGGCGUUGCCAAGGGUGCCAGCCCCACGCACUAUGACUGCCACCAAAGGGCCCACUUGCUGAGCAGAUCCAUUCCACAGGGAAGUCUGCUGCUUCCCAGGAGGCCAGGUGAUGAUGAAGGAGUCGAAGCUAACGUGCUUCCAGAGGCGGUACCUGAUGGACUGUGUGAAACGAGGAGAUACCCUGCCCCUCCAGUUGCACCCCACGUCUAGCAAAGAGCCAGAGCUUGCAGUGCCUGCUUUCUCCCCACCAGUCUGUCAGCACAGCAGGCUUUCAGCUAAACCACAUCUCCGGCCUGCCAAGGUCUGCCAGGCAGGAGAUGCCUACAGCCGAGAGAAAUUCAAGCCCCAGGCAAGGCGAGAUUUGGAAAAGGAGAAGCAAAGACUCCAAAACAUCUUAGCAACAGGGAAGGAUGUGGUAAAGUGCAACAUGAGGCAGGCUCAGGUUCAGAAAGAGGAAGAGGAGAUCCCUGAACUUGACCACUUUGAAGAAUUGGUGAAUGAAGUUCAGGAGAGGAGGGAAUUCCUGGCAGAGAUGGAAGCUCUAGGACAGGGCAAGAAGUAUCGAAGCAUUGUCCUCACUGAAAUCUCACAGAAAAUGCGUGAGAUGGAGAUCAUUGACAAGAAGAGAAGUGAGGAAACGAGAGAGAGCAUGACAAAAGACUUCCCUGGUGGGAACAAAUCCGAUCCCCAUGACGAGACCAAGAGAAAAACACAAGUGCAAUUUGUUCCUGCCUGUUCUUCCUAGACUCUUGGUAUCAGUCUCAAGGGCUCAUCUGUGCCUGUACCCAGAGGGGGCAGCACCACCUGUUGCCUAAAGCCAGAAGCAAUUUGUACAUAACUGGUAACAGAAUAAAGCUGUUAGAAGAUGCUACCCA